AUGAACAAGUUGGUGCUUUCUGUCGUCAUUUGCCUUUUGGCAUCAGUUUUGGCUGCGCCUCUGGAAGAACACUCCAACCGGUUCCUUCCUCCCUUGGAUCACGAGGAGGUCCACGACGAGUUUGGUCAGUUUGCCUUGCGGUAUGUGACAGCCGAGGGUACCGUUGUGUCAGAGCGCGGUCGCCUGGUUCCCGCACCAGAUGGCGCCGACUAUGUCAUGGUGUAUGAAGGGGAAGUGUCAUACAUUGGCGACGACGGCAAGAGAUACGUCACAAAGUACACAGCUGGACUGGACGGGUACCACGCAGAGGGUGACCAUUUACCAGUCGCCCCUGAGGUUCCGGAGGUUCCCGAGCCCGCACCUGCGAGUUAG